AAAGAACAUAUAGAGUGAAGUCGAAGUAAUAAAGCUAAAGCAUUCAGUCGUUGAAUGGUCAGUUUAUUUCUCGUCACUCACCCGCGCGCAUCAAAUAAACGUGAAUUCCAAACAAUAAUUUUUGUAAACCAAAAAAAAAAAAGGAUGACCCCCCACCCAAGAAAGAGGAAAUGGAAUCCUCGAUGAAAAUAAGAGGACACAAUUCCUCGUCAAAUUCCUAUGAGAUGAGAGGUGUAAUUUUGUGGCUAGCAUUAUUGCUAGGUACACAUUUUAUCGAUGCGAUACCAAGUAGGAUUUCAUCUUUUACAACAAAUGCAGAUGAUUGUGAUGAUAAAAAAAGCAAACCUAACAUCAUUAUUAUUUUGGCUGACGAUUUGGGAUGGAACGAUGUUGGUUUUCACGGAUCAAAUCAAAUAUCAACACCGAAUAUCGAUGCUCUCGCGUACAAUGGUAUAAUUUUGAAUAAUCAUUACGUGGCUCCAUUAUGUACGCCCAGUAGAGCUUCUCUUUUAACUGGAAAAUAUCCAAUUCACAUGGGAUUACAACAUCUUGUUCUUUUUGAACCAGAACCAAGAGGACUUCCGUUGAAUGAAAAACUACUACCACAGUAUUUACAAGAAGGCGGUUACAAGACACACGCAAUCGGAAAAUGGCACCUGGGAUAUUAUCACGAGAACUAUACACCUACAUUUCGUGGUUUUGACACACAUUUUGGCUACUGGAAUGGUUUUCAAGAUUAUUAUUCUCACAUUGUUGAAUCGACAAAAGAGGGAUAUCGAGGAUUUGAUAUGAGAAGAAAUAUGAGCAUCGCUUGGGAUACUGCUGGAAAAUAUUCCACUGAUUUAUUUACUGAUGAAGCAAUUCGUCUAAUUGAUGAACACGAUCAACGAGAUCCUAUGUUUAUGUACCUAGCACAUUUGGCACCACACACCGGUAAUCAGGAUAACCCUUUUCAAGCACCCGAUGAAGAAAUCGCUAAAUUCUCCUACAUUCAGGAUCCCGAGAGAAGAAUCUAUGCAGCAAUGGUUUCAAAAUUGGAUCAAAGUGUUGGAGAUGUUAUUGCAGCUUUAAGACGACGUGGAAUGCUUGACAACAGUAUCAUUGUUUUCCUAUCGGAUAAUGGAGCACCAACAAUGGGAAUUCAUAGUAAUCGAGGAAGUAAUUAUCCUCUACGUGGGAUAAAAGAAACUCCUUGGGAGGGAGCAGUUCGUGGAGUUGCAGCAAUUUGGAGUCCCUUAAUCGAAAAUCCAAAACGAGUCUCAAAUAAUCUAAUGCACAUUGCCGAUUGGUUACCGACUUUAUAUUCAGCUGCAGGUUUCGAUUCAAGGAACCUAGGGACAAUCGACGGAAUUGAUUUAUGGUCGACCAUUAUCGCGGAGAAGAAUAAUCCACGAUCAGAGAUUUUGAUAAACAUUGAUGAGAUUGCAAACUACGCGGCGAUUCGUCGUGGUGAUUUUAAAUAUGUUAUUGGUUCGACGAAAAAUGGAGAAUUAUGGUACGGAGAAACCGGAAGACAAGAGAAUCAAGAAACUGAAGGCUGUCUGCCAAUCUAUAAUCCUCAAGAGAUAUUGAUGAGUAAAGCGGGAGUCGCCAUUUCCGGUAUCAUCACUUCUAAACAAAUUCAACGAAUGCGAAUUGUUCGUGAGAAUAAAUCAUCGCCACCAAGCUGGAAAUCGAAAAUUCAAAUUCUCGCACCGUCGGAAAUUAUCAGACUGAGAGGCGACGCUGAAAUUAUUUGCAACAUUCGAAAAGAAGAUGAGGUUACUUGUAAUCCCAUUGAAGCGCCAUGUCUCUUUAACAUCAAAGAAGAUCCAUGCGAGAGAAUAAAUCUCGCCAAAUUACGACCUGUAAUUCUAAAAACACUAGAGGACGCUUUAUUGAAAUAUAAAGUAACAGCAAUGCCGGCGAGUAAUUUGGAAAAUGAUCGCAAGGCAAAUCCAAUAUAUUGGAAUAACACUUGGACCAAUUGGAUGGAUGAUAAUCCAAUGAAUGAAUCAACAAAAAAAGUGGUACAUGGACAAACAAUAAUUAUUGCAAUAAUUGCCGUGAUAUUUGGUCUAUUGAUAAUAGGAAUGUUUGUUCUUAUGGGUUUAAAUUGUGCAAAAAAAUCAUUUCAAGAAAGUGGUUCAUUCUUGGAACGUGAUCCCAUUCAGGAUGAUCAAAAUAGUGGACCUGGUUCAAUUGCUGUGCGAGAUGAGAGACGAAUUUCUCAUUUUUCGAAAGAUUUGACAAAUUUCAAAGGAAUUGAUACAUUUAAAGAUGUGACAAAAAAUAUCGAUUGACAAACAAGAAAGGGGUUCGCAAAAAAUCGUAUUCUAUUUACUAGAAUUAAAAUUUUUUACAUCUCUCAUGAUAAAUGUGAUAAACGUUAAAUUCCGUUUUCUUUUCUUGUGAUUUCUAUUUCAAAUAAGAGGAAACGGAAAAAUUCGAGGAAAAUUUGUUUUCUGUAAAUCUAGUUUGAAGUAUUUUUUUUUCAUUAAUUUAAUUUAUUUUAAUUUAAAUUUUUAUUAACUACCUCCUGCGCGAACCUCAUCGACUGGCGGUUUCGAUCACGACAAUAUUUCCCUGAAUAUUGUUGUCGACUCAACAAUAUUCCGUCAGUAAAUUUUGAAUUGAAACAGGAAAACGUACUUGGAAAUCAAGUAUUUUUGUACAUUCCAAAUAAUCAGAAAUUUUUAAAAGAAAAUAAUUAAAGAUUAUUAUUUUCUUUAUUUGAAAAAAUUCAAAAAGAUAAAUGGUUCAUAGAAAUAACAAGCAAUUAAUUUACAUUAGAUCUAAAAUAUAAAAAUUUUUAUAUUUAAUCACAAAUUUUUUAGAAAAAAUUUCAAAUUUCGUGUAUUAAAAAAAAAUCAAAUCUAUUUUCAAGAUUUGAUUGUAAGUUGCAAGGGAGAUUUUGUGCAAUUUGUAAAUAUAGUUUCUAAGAGCACUUGUAUGAUGAAAGAAAUAAAAAAGUAAAAAUAAAUGUUUGAAAACAAA